AAGGUAAAAAGCAAAAAGCAAAAACGCCUCUCAGACGAUCUUCCGUUUACGUGUCUAUAAAGAAAAACAAUUGGACGGUAGAUACACGGAUUAUGUACUGAGCUACUUUAUACCACUUUCCCUAAGUAAAAAAGUUGAGAACCACUGAAAAACAAACUUUGCAUAAACAAAUGAGUAAACUUCCGGGACGAUAGGCGGCAGGCUUUCCAAAGUAAAUGCCUUCGCUUAUUUCGAGAUAAUUUCCGUUACAUUUCCAAGAUGGCUGCCCACGCAUGUAAACAUGCGACUUGAUCUGAAAGCUAGUGUUGUUCAAGCUUUACAGUUUUUGAGCAUUAUUUACCUCUCAGAUCCGUGUGACAUCGAAUAUUUGGAUAUCAACACCCAAUACGGGAUUGUUAACAUAUAAGAGAUACCUUGUGAAUUAUUACCGAGCCAGAAAAGGCUAACGUUAGCCUGCUAACCGCUAGCGUUAGCUCGGCAGCAGAGCCAUGCCAGCGCUGACUUUAUUCGUUGGUUCUCUGCCAGCUUCAGCUUCAAAUGAACGACUGGAGGAAAUAUUCUCUGAAAUUGGUCCUGUUAAACAGUGUUUCGUGGUCAGAGACAAAGGCACUGAAAAAUGUCGGGGGUUUGGCUAUGUCACAUUUUCCAUGGAGGAAGAUGCACAGCGAGCCAUGAAAGAUGUAAAAGAAUUCGAUGGAAAGAAGCUUUCAAUAUCGGUGGCGAAGAAGAAAAUAAAAGACAAAAGGAAAACAGCACCUAAAGAGCCAGCUCCAGCUCCAGUUCCAGCUCCAAAGCAAAAUGAGGAAAAAACCAAAGGCAUUAGGAAAACGCAUCUGAAAGCGAGACUCAUCAUCAGGAACCUGAGUUUUAAG